AUGCCCAACCUGAAAAUUGGAAAAACUCAAGCAUCAUGGUUGACUGGAUUCCAGGGUCAAGAAACCAACUUUCGAAUGGUAUUUGUAUCUGUAUUACCAGUCAAUUCUCUUAAAUACGAUAUUACCAAAGAUGUGGUAAAUUGUUCAGAAUUGAAGACAUGUACAAAAUGUGCAGAAAACCCGUCAUGUAGCUGGUCAUUACAAAGACAGAUUUGUGUGAGCACGACACAUAGGCCGGAACUGUUGAUGGUGAAUAUGCGCGCGCACUGUCCGCAGUUUACCAUCAUCGACAGUUACAUCAACAAAAUUCAUCUGCCCUUCACGUACAAGGUGAAGGUGUCAAACGACGUCAGUGGUUUCGUCAAGUACCUCAGCAAGAGCAACAUCAAGUGCUCGCUGAGGGGCGUGACAUACAACGGUACAGUGAGCGAGGUGGAAGAUACAAUCAACUGCGAGUCGAUAAGUAACGACAAUCUGGGGUUUGACAAACAGCGGCUGAUGAUCUACUACUACAGCAUCGUGAUCGACGGCGUGCCGCUGCGGAUUGACGAUGGCGUCAACAAUUACUUCACCGUAUACAAUAACCAUUUUUGCGACGUCUCCGAAAAGACCAAGCACUGCGUCGCAUGUUCCUGGGACUCAGAAUUCAACUCGUUCUACUACAAACGGUGUUCGGAAGCUAACAUGUGCACGGGCCUGUUUGAGUACUACGACAGCAGGAACGCAACCGACUUUGCGGACACGACGACGGACGACCGGUACAACAAGAACAUUACUGCGCUGCAGCUCUCCAAAUCCGGACCACCUUCGGGCGCUUGUCCAGACAUGAUGAUCCAGUCGGUGGAACCACUGACGGCGCCAUGGUCGGGUGGCGUAACACUGGUGGUAACUGUCAAGAACCACGACGUGCUGUCCGAAUCACGGAAGGUGACCGUCACGGUGGCCGGGCGCGAUUGCGUCUACCCAAAGACCAUAAACAGCGAGACCAUUUCAUGCACGGUCGGACCACCGAAGAACGACUACUCGGCCAGGAAUCCGAUUCAGAUCUUAUACGGCCCGGUGCAUGUCACGUACGGCCCGCUGCGGCUGACGUCGACCCAGAAGUUCCAAUUCGUCUACCCCGAGCUGACCGAUAUGAGCCCCACGUGCGGUCCUGUCUCCGGCGGUACCUUGUUACACAUUACGGGUCGUUUCCUGGACUUCGGCAGUAUGGCCAACGUGUUCGUAGGCCCAGCUGACGUGCCUUGUGAGCUGGUCGCUAGGUACGAGGACCGCGUGAUGUGCGUGACUGGACCGGCAGACGGGCCAGCUGUGGGCGCCGUCACCAUCGUGUUUGACAAGUUUUUGAGGAAGAAAGUCGGCGUAAACAGUACCACCACACCGCCGUUCAAGCCUUUGCAGUUCGUGUACGCGGGUGACCCAGAGCUUGACGCGAAACAGCCGUUCUCGGGCAUCGCUUCCGGCGGCACCUACAUCCCGGUGCGCGGCCACCAUCUGGCGUGCGUGAGAAACGCCACGCUUUACGUGGACGACCCGGACGGCGUGCGACACUACGCCGGUUGUGCGGUACGCAACGAUACGUUCAUGGAGUGCUGGUCGCCUGCGCUCGACCCACCCCGAUCAUUAACCCCCGGCGCCCCUGCCCCAUUAUUGAACUUUGGUUUCCGCGUGCGUAUUGCAGACCACACGAUGGACUUGUCCCCGCAGCCCGACUUUCCCGGUUACCGGUUGUACGCCGAUCCGGCUUUCACGGAUUUUGAGACUGAUGGCCGCAACGUGACGAUCAACGGCCGACACCUGGACCGAGGUUACCAGCCGUCCGUCGACCUGGAUAUCCGACUGCGUAACCACAAGGGCACUCCUUGCACCGUCAUCAGCACUCAGAGACGACAGAUCGUGUGCGUGCGACCACCGUCGUCCCCCGCUGAAGGAGAACUGCGUGACAUCUACGUAACCGUUGGCCGCGAAUUAGCCCGCACCAUCAAGAAAAAAAUCAUCAACACUGACAAGCGUAUAGAGGACGGACCAUUGGGCGUGUUUGAAAAGUUCCUGUUAAUCGUUGGUAUCCUCACCGGCUUGUGCUUCAUGUCGUUGCUGGCCGCCGCUGUUUACAUGGUGUGGAACAACAAAUGGGACAUCCGCCGAUAUUUGUAA